GUUCUGUUGCGUUGUUAGGUAUCAACCGCCAAAAUUAUGAUCGGCGAAAGGGAACCAGUCUGUUUUUAAGUGGUUAGUGGCGUCGUUAGCAAGUCGCAGUCCCCUACAAAUAGCCCCCUCCUCCUCCUCGUAACUUCCUUCCUUCUUCACGGAGCUACUGGGAAAGUAGAAGAUCAGAGUGUCAUUCAAUGGACGCGAUCGUGGUUGUUUCCGAGAGCAAGAACGCUGCUGCCGAACAAUUCAAGAAUGGCGUGCACGAGAAGUAUGACGCUGUUAAUGCAGGCAGUGAGAGCGAGACUGCCGCCUUUACUGCUGAGCCCCAGUCUUAUCACAGGAAGGAUCACCAAAUUCAUGUUUCCAGUAACAAGAAACCCCUCCUCUUUUACGUCAAUCUUGCCAAGAAAUUCCUAAACCAGUAUAAAGUCGUUGAGCUCUCUGCACUGGGCACGGCUAUUACAACGCUUAUAAUCAUCUCCGAGAAUUUGAAACGUAAUGGUUUGGCUAUUCAGAAAAAUGUCACAAUAUCUACUGUUGCAUCUAAGGGAGACAAAACAGGUCGACUGUUUUACAAGGCUAAGAUUGAGAUUCUGUUGGUAAAAGCUGGACAAGUGGACCAAAGUACUGAUGCAACAACAUCUGAAAAAGAUGCCGACAAUAAGGCCAUAACAGAGUAGAGCCGGGGAGCUUCAUAUUCUUGUCUUUCACCGUUUAAAUCGUAUAAUAGAUAUACAACUAAGUAGCUGAUAAGGAAAUCACGAUUAGUGAUUCUUCCAUCCUAGUUAUGAAGAGAUACGGUAGACCUCUGCUUGGAGCACAUGAACUGUAUUCUAUCACCACAGUAAUCAGUACAUGAUCGUUUUGUUUGACCGUGUGGUUUUUGUGUCUUGAUCAGGGGCAAUUCAUUUCUGCUACUCCUUGUAAAUGUACUUUCCAGUUUCCAUUUUAUCCGUGUAUGAGGUGUCCCUUGUUUCUUAUAGAUACACUUUCUAGAUAACUGCCAAUACGAUGGAAUACAUUUUAUGAGGAUUGGACCCUUCA